UCAGUCCUCGGUGUUUCUAUCAGAUUGUGUACCUGUCAGGUCAAAACUGUGCUUACAAAAACAAAGGAUCAGUGUCAGUAAUGAUAAAUGAUGUGUGAAAGACACAGUACAUUUAUUACUGACUCUGUGUGUCGAUUCAAAUUACAGCACAAAGUAUAUGACGACCUCCUUUUUACAGAGCUGUAUAAAUGCAGCACUGAUGAGACGCUACUGGCUCAGGAGGUGAAGUAUAUAACACAAACAAAAAUCAUUUAUUUUUCUUAUCUUAUGUGGUCCUGUCAAUACCACACAAUGGAAGCUAACAGCAUAGCAAUGCCAGCCUUCAAAUGUCUGUCAACAGCUGCAGUUAAAUAUACCAACUUAAAAUAUAUUCAAUAGUCACACUAAAACCUAGAUUUACUGUAUAUUUUCUUACACAAAAGUGAAGAGAAUUUAAAAUUUCAUUUUGACUUUAAUGUAGAACUUGUUACUUUCUGUAGUUAUACAGUAUGUUGUUGUACAUCUAUACAAGUAUGUGUAUGUUAUUGUUUUUUUUAACCACACAAAUGCUGCUUACAGUGUCUGUUGCUAAGAUUCUCCUCUUUGAUGGCGGCAUGUGUUUGCUCUCUGCUCUGGCUGAUAAAGCAUCCCUAUCCACACUCCAUUAAAUCAAUUACUCCUGCACACAUAGAGCUCAAAUCAUGACACAAAGGUAGCGACACAGACGUUAGAUACUGUGUUGACACAGUUAAAAGGUUUCCCUGUAAUGACCAUUCGUUUUGAACACACCCUCAAUUUUCUGCCUUUUGAAUCUCCGUUCCUGAAAAGCAGCUUUCAUUUUAACCCCAAACUCAGAAGGUGAAUUACUUAUGGAUAGCAAUAGUGCUGCAAGUGCUGAGGUUGUCUGCAACCACACAAAUGCAUGGGACUGGGUUUACACCAUGCAGCCCGCCUACAUGUCCAUCAUCUGCCUUCUGGGAGUGAUCGGCAACUCCUUCGUCCUUUGUGUGUUCUGUUUCCAGAAGAGGCGCAGCUCCGUUGCUGACAUCUACCUGAGCAAUCUGGCAGCGGCCGAUCUCCUCAUGGUUUCCUGUCUGCCGUUCUGGGUUGCAACCAUUAUCGACAAGUUCCGCUGGAGAUUCGGCGAGUUCAUGUGCCAGCUUGUCAGCAUUGUCAUUGGGAUGAAUUAUUACUGUAGCAUGCUGUUCCUCACAGUUGUGAGCGUGGACAGAUAUGUGGCCCUGACCAGACCGCUGUCCCAGGGAAGGCAGAGACAGGCCUUCUGGGCGCGUGGGAUUUGCUUUGGUAUCUGGAUCGCUGGGAUCUUGCUCAGUUUCCCUGCUGUCCUCUUCCGCUCUGUGCAGUUCUUCCCUCACCUGGGCAUCGACGCAUGCUACCUCGCAUACCCACAUGAAGGGUGGAGACUGCGCUACAACAUAACCGUCAGUAUAGUCGGCUUUCUUAUCCCAGUUCCCAUUGUGUCAUUCUGUAGCUACCACAUCACUAAAGUCAUUCGAAGCAGCGAGAAGAUGAGAAAAGGCAGCAGAGGGAGUGUGGAGAGGAAGGCGGCGUACCUUGUGCUUGUUGUUCUGGCUGUGUUUAUUCUCUGCUGGCUGCCCUAUCAGAUUCUGAUGUUCUUGGACACCUUGGAUCACUAUGAAGUCAUCUCUGGAUGUACAUGGGCGCAUGUGUUGGACAUUGGCAACCAGUUGGCUACUUACCUUGGCUACAGCAACAGCUCACUGAAUCCUUUCCUGUAUGUGAUUGUGGGGAAACACUUCAAGCAGAGGGCAAAGGAAGUGUUUCAAGUUGUGGUGUGCAGAAGGAAACAGCAGCGGAAGAAAUCUGGUCAUUCCAAUGCCAAUCUGAACUCAACUAAGCAAACAGAGAGUACUAAAAUCUAGAUCUCUCUGCACAUACAGAGAACAUAUGGACUGAAAAAGAGUUGUUAAAGAAGUAAAUGUAGUUAACAUGCAAUGAGUGUCUUUUGCAUAAACCUAAAUCAAUGACUAGUAUGACUCCAUCUAAAGCUCAAUUAUUAACAUGGAGGAGCUUUGUUUCUCUAACCCAUGCAAAAACAGUUACACCCUCUCUCAAAACCGCAGUAUGUUGUUUUGAGAGUUGCUUUACUAGAAAUUUUCAUUUUCUGACUUAAGCAAACAAGAUAUAACAUGUUAAGCAGUGAUCUCAGAGGCGAUGGGGGAUGGUUUUGUUUCUGUUUGACAAAGGCAGCCUGGCAUUUUGCCCCCAUUUCCCAUGUAGCUCAUUUCAUAAUUACUGUAGAAAUAUGAGAAUGUUGCAAAUCUUCUUUGUAACAAUUUGUAAAAACAUUAAAGCAAAGUUCAUUGGAAACUCUUUAACUCUGCUGUUUUGUUUGAGAUAAAUCACAUCUAAAGCUACCCUUGACCUGGCAAUCCUGAACUUGAGUCCAUGUUUAAUUUUAAUUACUGUGACCUUGAGUUGCCUUGCAGACUUACUCCCCUUUUGUUGCUUUUGACAAAGAAAGGCAAGAAUGGUGGUCUGAUAAAAGCUUAGCUCUGGAAGCAAAGUUGUUUUUCUAAGACACUGGGGUUUCUUGAAUGACCUAAUUGAUUUUUGCAUGUACUCCAACAGAUGUAAGAAUAUGCACAACAAAAACAAUUCCUUGUUUGUGGUACAGAGAAUAGAGUAGAGCAAGUGAACGUGGUGCUUUAGCUUAAGUUUUAUCAAUAUACCUAAACACUUAAAUGAUAUAGAAAAGACAAAGUGUCCCCUAAGAUUUUUAAAAUGUUAUCAAAAGUAAUUCAGCAAUGUGUGGGUGUUAGUGUCUUCAAUAAAAUAUCAUCUGUGACU